AUGAAUUACGCUAUGGAGGAUACACAGAACACUUCCCCAGGCGACGUGCCACCCGCUCAAGCUGCCAAACUUGCUCCUCGUAAAGGUCCCGAUGCUCAGAGUACUACUAAACGUCUUCAAACCGAAUUAAUGCAACUCAUGACCUCGGCCGCCCCUGGUAUCUCCGCGUUCCCCUCCGCAGAUGGCAAUCUUCUUUCCUGGACCGCGACUAUCGAUGGGCCAGAUGAUACCCCGUAUGCAUCUAAGAAAUUCAAGUUAUCUUUUGCGUUUCCAUCAAACUAUCCCUACGCACCACCAACCGUUCUCUUCAAGACUCCUAUUUAUCAUCCUAAUGUCGAUUUCUCUGGUAGAAUUUGCUUGGAUAUUUUGAAGGAUAAGUGGACAGCCGCUUAUAAUAUUCAAACGGUAUUGUUGAGUUUGCAGAGUCUCUUGGGCGAACCUAAUAAUGCAUCACCAUUGAACGGCGAAGCCGCAGAAUUGUGGGACAAGAACCCCGAGGAGUUUCAAAAGAAAGUUAAUGGUCGUCACCAAGACAUUGAUGACGAAUAG